AUCGCUGAAUCUCUUUUCUUGUCAUAUAAGCUUUUGCACGUCGGCAUUUACUAGGUACGAACAACGCUUUCCCUUUUCGCGCUCUUAUCACUGCGCUAUGGGUAUUUUCCUGUCUUGACUCCUAUUAUUGCAGCGCCUACUACUCACUAGCGAACUUACUUUUUCUGGUUCUUCCUACACAUUAUUCCAUAAUCAUAAUCUGUUAUGUUGCUACCUUCUGGCAUUACUGAUCACUGACCGUCCUUCCGUACAUAUAUAGGCUGCGACAGCACUGCACCGCCAGCACCAGAUCCAGGCGUCAUUUGAGAUUUGCACGAACAAACAUGGCGAGACAACCUUCUCUAGAUUCCGAACGUCCCAUCAUGACCCAGUCGAACCGCGCCUCGAAACGGUUCUCCACCGUCAGCGGGAGCCCUUCGAUUGCCUCAGAACUUACCACCGGAAGCCUCCCUAGCGGCGACCCCAGAUACACAGAAUACAACAACCUACGCGAGGGGCUGAACCGCCUGGAAAACAAACCGCUUGCAAAGCAGCGGUUCGUUCCUAGCGCCGAAAAGUCCGAGAGCUUGAGCAAGCUUGCUCUAGGCGCCAAAGUGGAGCGCGCGCUCGGACGGAGGAUGACAAGCCAGGAUGCAGUCAUGCGGGAGAAGCCUGCGCUGAACGAGAAGGCUGAGGAGACUACUUCAUGAACGUUGACGUGCUUCGCGAUCAUUAUUACAAACCCCGGAUUUUGAGAUACUUUUUAUUUUCCUUUGUCGUCUCGGCUUUCGCGAUCUUUUGUUCAAUCCCGUGCUUACUCCCGUCUGAUUUUCUAUGUGGUGGUUAUUAUGGGCGGAAGUCGAUGUCUGCUUUGACGAGAAGUUUGUGCUUUAAUGUCUCUCAUACCCCCGUUCUUCCAGCUUAAUGUCGUAUUUUGCUCUUCAUGAUAAUUGUUUUUGAUCAGAUUAUUGUCGCGGAUAUGGGUCAUCUAGUGUCAUCCAAUUUGCAAAACAGAUGAAUAUUCUUUCACGA